GUGGUUUACGGGGCUGAGGAGCAUAUCACUGAACGUAACCCGACAAGAAUCUAUCGCAUGCACCUGCCACCCCGUAUUCUGCAGCAACUGAACGCCGCCCGUGGCCGCCUCCGAACCAUCGCCCACAAAGACCUCUUCGCGCGCAUCGCGUUUGUUUUCAAACAGUCGCAGGCCCCCUGCUGCGAGCGCACAGUCUUCGAGUUCCUACGCGAGCUCCAGCGGAUCUACGUUUGGCCCUUUGAAGAGUGCAUGAAACGCAGCAGCAUCGAUGACCUGAUUGACCGGCUGGCAGAUUUCGCGGAGAAAAAUAUGCGCAAAUACGUCGAUCCCAAGACUGACACCCCCGUCGAUUGUGUAUGUUACGCAGCGGAUUGGAUCACUAUUAUCGAGCACGUUGCGACUCGUGUGCUGGGCUACUUCAAUGGCCUUUGCCUGGAUUGCAUGAACAAGACUAAAAAUCUUCGCCCUGGGGGCGACCAGGACACGGAUUACUGGGAGUACAUGGACCACCGUGAUCGAUGGGACCUAGGCUGUCGCAUCACUCAUGCAGAGCCAACUUGGUACUUCAGUUUCAUGGGGCGCAGGGAGAAGAAGGGACUGAUUGCGGAUCAUUGA